UUAGUGGUGAUAUGUUUGGCGGAGUUGUGGGCAUCCCUGCAGAGAAGCAAGGCUGGUAGAUUGUAUUGCUUCUGCCACGCGAGCUGUAUGUGAAGGACAUCCUGAAUGUGGUAAACAAUGACCUUGUGCAGGAGACUAGGUCAUGGCAUGUGGCCAACGACCCUGGCGACUGUGUGUUGAACUUGAGACCCUUGGAAUUGAUAUUGUGCUGGAGACUUUUGAUGCUAUUACUAGAGUCCCAAGUUUCGAUGAACCAGGCGGUCUCAACCGAAGGCACCAUUCCAUUCGACUGCUCUCCUGGAGCAAGUCUUUUCACUCUUAUGUCCGACUCUCCUUUCCCAGAAUAAGCGCGUGACUCCACCUUGCAGUUUUUUUUCCAGAUUCUGGCCAUGGAAGAAGAGUGAACUACCAUCUACUACCAAUAUUCGGACGAAUCCAUCAUCAUUGACCACUACAACACCAAUGCUGCCUCAAAUUACCAGUGGCAUCGAUGCGUCCACCAAAUCCGGACGCCUUCACCUCUUCGACAUCAACGGCAGCUGCCCAGCACCCUACUCCUCACAGGCUCUGGACCUUAUUACUAAUGUCGACAACUCUGUUUUGGAGGUAUACGUCUACGGGCACUUUGCGAUGUCUACUUAUGUUCGGUAUCCUCGGUAUGCAGAAUUCACCGAAAUUCACUUCUUCCACAACGGCAAGGGUGAGGUCCCAUACAGCAACAUUCGCGUUGUGGAUGGCUUGUACUAUUCGUACCCUGGGAGAGCGCAGUAA